UGGUGAUAUUUACGUCAUCAGUGUUUUGCGACAAUUAAUUUAAAAUUACGGUUUUGAUACAAUUUUUGCUGAACAAAUUCCAUAAAAUGGCAUAAUUGCAUUCCAAUUAAGUCACACAACACCCACAAAGUCGAUGUAAAAAAAACUGUUAAUUUGAACAUAACCUCAAAAACUGUCGAUAUAAAUUUCCAAGAACUGGCGAUGGAUUCAGCGGAGCAAAUAGUGUGGAAGGAAUCCUUUUUCAAGGACAAUUUCAACGUUGAUCACUGCCUAUCAAAAUACACUCUAAAAUCAGACUUAGAGACCCUUCGAAGCGAUUUAAAAAACUACGGUAAUGAAUUACACCAACAAAUGGCCGAAAUUUUGAAGACUGAGACCGAAGCAAUUGUUAAUUUGGCUGAAUAUUUGACAAAUUUGAGCUCAAAAAUCGACGAUUUGUCGUUACCCAUUAGUCAAUUACGUGAGGAAAUUAAGAUGUUGUAUGAUUUGAUUAAAACAGCGCAAGAAAGUUACUACGUUACGUUAGAAAGCAUUAAAAAUAAUAACAGUAGACGCAACUAUUUAAAUCUGAAGUUUGGAAUUAUAACGUCAGCGCUGUACAUCAACGAAAUGAUUAAAUCGCACCAAGAGGAUUUGUUUGAUGAUUCCAUCAUUCUAGAGAGGGCUGUGAAUAAAUAUUCUUUCGAAUUUAAUUACUUGGAGGCGUUUGGGUUAGCCGCAGACAUCGAGGAGAUCAGUUUUGUCGGAAAAAAAUUGACUGACAUGGUUAAUAAAAUAUUCCUCAAAUCAGUCAAAAAUCACGAACUUGAUGUCAUACUGAGAUGUCUUAGAAUGUAUGAUAAUUUAGGAGAGCAAAAAGAAGCGGAGAAAACAUAUCAAGUUAAUAUUGUGAGACCAGCACUGAAAAAUGUAUUCACUGAAACAUAUUUAGAGACUUGUAAUCAAGACGUCAACCGACUUUACGCUGAAGCGUUAGAAUUCAUAGACUCAAAAUUAGUAAUUUUGUUGGAAGUGUUGAAAAAGAGCGGCGAACUCAAAUCUUUCAAUUUCAUUCUAAACAGCUUCUGGGUUGAAGUUGAUAAACUCUCCCGUGACGGUCUUCCCUAUAUCACCGCUCCCGGAAAUCCCGAACUGUUCCAAAAACGUUUCAAAAGCACCUGGAAUUUUUUACAAAAAAUUGCUGCUAAAUGUGGAGAGGAAAAUUUAAUUUACACAAAUAAGUCCUUCCAAGACCACAUUAAACGGUUUAAUUUACCUGUGUAUUUUGAAAUUCGUUUUCAACAGAUUGCUGGGCAGUUUGAAAGCGACGCUAUAGUGAAGGCAGGCUCUAAAGCUUAUAUAGGUGACAAUGAAAUCAAGUGUCGCUUAAAAAUCACGUUAGGUUUAUGGAAAGCGUUACUGCGCUCAUUUAGUAAUGAAGUUUUUAUUAAUAACUUAGCUGAUCAGUUUUUAAAAUUGUCAAUGUUGCUAUUGGCGCGGUAUUUGAAGUGGUUUGACGUAGCAUUAAAGGAAUAUAAUUUUUUUCCUGAUGGGGGAGACGCUUGGGAAGACUUUAUUAUCAACUCUAUUGGUGAUUUAAACAUUAUACAAGAUCGGAUUGGCUUUAAGUCAGACGAUUUAGAGCUAAUCAGUAACACAAUUUAUAGUAUUAUGCCAACACAUACAAAGUCACUACUAGUCAAAGUUUUUCAAACAAAUACUAAUCAAAUUUGUAACACCAUUUCAAAGUUACAAAAUAACUUAAUUGGUAUUAAAAGUAGCGAAAGUUUAUCGCAGUUACAAAGCGUCGCCGCCAUUCCGAGACUCUACAGACGAACUAAUAAAAGUGCGCCUAAAGAAGCCAGUAAUUACAUGGUAGAGGCGCUUCAACCGAUAUUAAAAUUCCACAACAAAUUCAAAACUAACAUGAAAAACGAAGUACAAGUUAUUUUAGACACAGUUGUCUUAAAUAAUACCAAACAGUAUCAGAGUCUGGUUGAAGACGUGUUGCGUUCCGUUUGUAAAACCGAAGAGUCACUCAGACGCUUAAAAAACAGGAAUACUCAGAUAUCGGAAACGGUUUCUGACGCGGAAGGUUCAGACACGAUGUCCGACGAGAUGAAAAUCCGGGAACAGAUUAAACUAGACGUUUGUUAUUUUGUUGACAAGCUUAACCCACUAGCGAUGGAAAAGUCUAGAAGUACUCUAAACAAGCUUAAAACGCAGACUUGCUGACGGAAAGUAAGGGUUAGUUAAAAAAAUGUCACAUUUCCAAAACUGGUAAAAUUCAUUUGUUAUUUUUAAUUUAUUACAACGAGUCAUGUAUAAAUGAGUUUUGACAUGUUUAAAUAAAUUUAUCAACUGUUUUAACAAA